AUGGCUCAAAGCAUCCCCCAGAAUGUCAUCCACGGACUGCAAAGUAUGCUCCCACCAUACGAACGCUCCGAAGACCGGAAUGGAAAAGAACCAGCUUCUCCAGAAGAUGAGCUACGGCCCAUCGACGUGGUAAUCGCCCGCGUCAUGCUCACAAAGGGCACCAAGCUUCCCCCAGACGUUGUCGACAUCAUCUUCGAUUUUGCAGAGUACUGGGCUCACUCAAGCAACGAAGUUGACUAUAUCCUCCAACAACAAAGUCCCCUCACCGUCAACGGCGGAAGACCUCUGCACAACAAAUUCAUGCUUCGGUCUUACCCUGUGGGUCUGACUGGUCUUCAAGGCAGACAAGCGCUUGCUGAGAUCCUGUCGUAUGACACGACCAAGGCGAAGCCUGAGAAGUUAGAGAAGGAGCAUGAAAAGGAUUACUUUGAAGCAUUGGCGAAUUAUCCUACGCCUAGGUUGCAGUAUCCUGUGAGAAAGGUGGUUUUUACCAUUCGGAGUCACGAUCAGGGAUGGUGUAGUGAGCCGGAGAAUCGGGGCACGUUUAAUGGGUCUUGGACGUGGUUCGAGGCUGGAUUGGAGAGGUUUGAUGCUGAGCAGACCUGCGAUCCGGUAUGUAACUACGAUGUCCGGUUCAAGUCAAACACCUCAGAGGCCGUACCUCUUCCCGUCUGCGCUCUCCGUCCUCUCUACCCGGAAAUUGAACCAGGUACUGAAAAAAAGAUGAGCUACCAUCAUCCCCUGCAACCGCAAGACAAAUGGGUCAUCCAGCACAACAAGACAGCUUCCCGCACGUGGCAGGAUCAUGUGGUGACGUGGACAUGGCAAGACGACAUCAAGCCCGAGUCCGAAGCUGCUGAGAAGAUGCGUAAAGAGACGGGCAGGGGUCGAGACACAGCCGAUGGGUCGUUUGUCAGGGAUUUGAAGAUGGGAGAUGUGAUUACUAUCUGGGCCAAGGCGAGAUUCACUGCGUGGGUGAAUCAUGUGGAGUCGGUCAAGAUUGACGUCUACUGGGCUGUUUAA